CAGGCCAAUGAGCUCACAGAGGAAGGCAGGACUUAUAUAGGCCGGGGAGGAGGAGGCGGUUUGUGUCACCGCCUGAGAGCGAAAAGGAGAUUGUCCAGUGAGAAAGCAGGAACUUGCUGUAGCUGUUUUAAUUUUGGGUUUGUUUCUUCCUCCAAGCAACAGAAAGGUAAGGAACGGCGACAGAACGUUGACUAUGGUGGCGUUCCUUUUUGGAAUGUUCGUUACAGCUGCUGCUUCCGAUCAUGAGGAAGAAAGCUGAGGCUUGGAGGAGAGGCUCAGAUCCCUGGCUUUGAAGUGCAAGUUCUAUGUAGCCUCCAACCCUGCAGGAGAAAUGCAUUUUCCAUAAAUAAACUCUUCCCUCCCAUCUGAUGCUCCGUCUGCUGUGUACCAGGGGCUUCAGGCCUCUUUGAAACAAAGGAUGGUCCUGUUCUGAGAGGAUCCGCCUGCCUAUGUGGGAGUGAGCGAUCAAAACUGAACUUGAGAAGAAUUGGGAAAAUGAUGGAGGACUUUACCACUAGUACCUAUGGGACCAGAGGGCUGGACAACAGGCCUCUCUUUGGAGAGACUUCACCAAGGGAUAGAAUAAUCAAUUUAGCUGUUGGCAGCAUAACAUCCUUGUUGCUCAUAGUCACUCUAAUUAGUGCUUUUGUCUUUCCUCAACUACCUCCAAAACCGGUGAAUAUAUUUUUUGCUUUCUGCAUCUCCUUGUGUAGUGUUUCGGCUGGCAUUCUUAUCUACUGGUAUCGACAAGGAGACCUUGAGCCUAAAUUCAGGAAUCUAAUUUACUACAUUUUGUUUUCCAUUAUUAUGUUGUGUAUAUGUGCCAAUCUCUACUUCCAUGAAGUGGGGAAGUGACUCUUCAUAGGGCAUGCCCCCAGAAUGCAUUAAACUUGUUCAGGGCACCACUGUGUGAAAUGCUCUCAGACUGGAUAACUACCCCCAAAUGGAGAAGGCUUCUUCUGUGCAAGCAUCAAACGGGUACUUGAGUUUUUGUAUAGAUGUAUAUUUUAAUAGCCCUGCCUUGUGGUGGGGUGAAGACUAUUGCCAUAUGCCAUGACAUCUUUGCUUUUGGGGGUGGGGGAAGAAAAGAGCUUCUAGUGCACUUAAUGAACAUUCCAACUCUACACGUAUUUCAGAAUGGCACAAGCUUUUUCCUUGUGGGGAAAAUGCUUUUUUAUUACACUGUACAAAAACUGCAACACUGCAAAUGUCUGUACUACAGUAUAAAUAAAAAGGCACCUACUAUUACAGAAGACAAA